AUAGCUGCUAUGCGCUAGUAUGGACUCUUCCUCCGAAUAUUUGGCAGCUAAAGCCCUUUAUUCUGCAGAAAAAGAGAACGAAAAUGGUGGCAAGCAAGGCAUUUGAGAAGCAUGAAAACGACAAUUACAGUGAUGAUAUCAAGAAGACGAAGCUCCUUAAUCAAAUCGUUGAACCCGCAAUUGAUGAACAAUCCAGAAAUUACAGUGACAGUGACCAAGAUGAUUCCGAAGACGAUGACGGUGCUCGGCCAAUUGGCGAGUUUAUUAGCAUUUCUGAUGAUGGGGUUCAGAGAAAAAAACAUUAUAGGGCUUUUGAAUUUGAUGGAAAUCGUUUUCAACUUGAGGAUAGUAUACUUGUGACACCAGAGGAGGGGAAAGUCAAGCCUUCUGUUACAAUCAUAAAGGACAUUUUCCAAAUUGAUGGCGAGGAUUUAAUGGUUGGAGUACAGCGAUUUUUUCGCCCUGGAGAGGUCCAGAAAACAGGAGGUGGAACAUGGGAAUCGAAUGAUGCAAGGGAGCUUUUCUACAGUUGUCACCUUGAUGAAGUCCCUGCUAUCUCUGUGAUGCAUGAGUGUGUGAUACAUCUUGUACCUCUUCACAAGCCAGUGCCUGACCGUAAAGAAUGCCCUGGUUUCAUUGUACGCAAGUUCUAUGACUAUGUCAAUCAGAAAGUACGAAAUCUCACUGACAAAGACUUCAAAGGUGUAUCGCUUCAGUCUGCAGCAGGUUAGAUAGUACUCUGUAUUAUAUACUAUACGUAUGAUUUCUGUAAUAGAAUAUAGAUGACAUUUAUAAAACGUAAGAGGAAGAGGCCUUUAGUUGUCGAAGUCUUGGCAUACUACUGAUUACUGAAUAUAUAAUUUAAUAUGCAAGGCAAAGUUUGUAAAUAAUGAACAACUUAUUACAAUCUUAUGGUGAAGUAGGGAAUAAUUUUUUUUUUUUUUUUUUGAAACAAGAGUAGGGAAUAAUUCUUUGGUUAUGAAUUUAUGAUUUAUUUUA